UGUGCCGCGCUUGUCGCUAGAUACCCUAGUACUACACUGCGAGAGAGGAGGCACACGCUGUCGUUGUCACACGGUGUUGCGCCACGGAAUCGUUUUACCGCAAAAAUCAUUCGGAUUCAAAAUUCAACUCGAUUUCCUUCCAUUCCGAAGAAAAAAAGGAAACAAGACGAAAGAAAAAUCAAGGUAAAAGAAGAAAGAAGAAGAAGAAGUAGAAGAAAAAGAAGUAGAAGUAACAGAAGUAGAAGCAGCAGCAGCAGCAGCAGCGGCAGCGGCAGCGGCAGCGGCAGCAGCAGCGGCAGCGGCAGCAGCAGUAAGAGACGAAGAAAAAGCUGAACAGGAUAAGAAAGAAGAUAAUUCGAGGAAAAAGGAAGCACAAGAGGUACCCACAGAGUCGUGAUAAAUAUUUUCGGACGGAAAUCAAAACGAGAAUCGACACGGUACGCGCGCGCGAGUGAGAACGCCACCCUUGCACACAGUCGCACGCGCUCGCACAUACGCGCACACACGCGUAUAUACACACACACGCAAGAGAAACACACGCGUGCGCGCGCCCGCUCACACGCUACACGUAUACGCACGGGCGUACGCAUACAUAUACACACAAACACACAAAGAGGCGCGCACGCACGCACGCACGCACUCGCAUUCAGAGAGAGGCUGGCCGAAGGUGUUUUGGAUUUGUAAUUUGGUGCUUGGAUAAUACGAUCGUGUAUCGCCGGAUCGCUGGAUCGCGAGGGAACCCAGUGAAGAAAUUAUCGUCGUUAAACCAGUACGCUUUCCCGCGAUAUCGCUGGCAAUCCACCAUUUUGGCUCGGUCGCCGCUACCAGUUGUACUACGGGCCGCGUUUAGCUCGCUGUAUGCUCCGCGCCGCACGGUCAGCAAUAUUAGGUAUAGAGCCGAUUGACAAACUACGACGAGGCUACGUCGACGAGGCUCGAUCGAAUAUCAUUCGAGAAUAUUUCCAACAAGAAACUCGCGCGGCCACCAACGCGAGUACUGUGUUAAGGUGGACGUAUGACGUGAUUACCGAAGUGAAAGGGAAACGAAGGGAGGGUACGAGAGUGCAAGAUAGAUAAGGGGGAGAAAGGGAUAAAGGGAGAAACAGACAGAAAGAGAGAGAGAGAGAGAGAGAGAGAGAGAGAGAGAGAGAGAGAGAGAGAGAGAGAGAGGAAGAGACGGAGAAGGAAGAAUAAAGGAACGCGCGAGAGCGAGAGAAAGGUGAAAAGAGCGAGGAAGGGGUGAGGUGAAAAGGAUUUCAAAGAGAGAUACUUGAAGCUGGUACCUGUACAACGGUGUACCUGUGCUUCCCUCUCCAUCACGUUCCUCCGACAAGACGCAGGACUUGGUUAAUCACAUACGUUAGCUUCGCACGCACCGCGUGUGUGUCGCCGCCGCGCCAAUUCUGUGUUUCCCUCCCAAUCGUAAGCAGACGUAACUCUGUUGGUCGUCGUCUCCAAAGAUUCCACCGCAACGCAAAAGUGUCACGUGUUCCAACUGCUCUUUCCCUCGAAAUUCCAAUUUCAACGGAACACGCAUUCGCCUGUGCAUAUGUGUAUACACGCGUGUACAUAUGAUUUCAAAAACUACCGGUAACUACCUCCUUCCUCCUGUGAUUUUGUGACCUCGUAUUAUUUGAUUUUAAACAAAAGACUGUACUGCACAGGGUGAAUAUUAUUAUUAUAUUAUACUGUAGGAAGAUUGAAAUAAAGAAUCCAAGGAGUACGGGAAAACGGUGAAUAAAAGUAAAUAGCAGAUCAAAGGAUAACAUCGAGUGAUGAAAGAAAUUUUACAUAAUGAAGUGAAAAUCAAGAAUAAUAUAAAUACCGAAAAAUAGAGGCAGUAUAUAGUGUCUUGGCUCCAAAACUCCUAACACUGCUCGUUUACUUUAUACAUCGCGUAAUAAUUAGAAAGAAAAAAAAACCGUAAUAACGUCACUCAUAUUGAUACAAAACGACUUGGUUCGUGAAUUUACUGAUUAAUUCCAAGUUAAACGUUAAAAUACAUAUACUUUACUUCAGGUACCUGUAAUUAUCUACGGAAAAAAAUCUGUGUUGUGUUUUUGUUUUCAGUUCGUUGCUAAUAAAUCCAGUGAGUGCCAGUGCAUAUUCUACCUCAAAGUUAGCGGCAGCUAACGAAAACUUGAAUCAAUUGAACGUAAGAUAUAAAUUAUAUAUAUACAUAGUGUAUACAUUAUAUGUAUAUAUAUAUAUAAAUUUAUACAUCGAAAGGUUACUAUUACUGUACAUAUUGUUUCGUGUAAACUUAUAUUAGCAAAAGAGCUAUGUCCAUGGAUAAAUUUGGCGACUCUGGAAUGCUUCAAAAGGAUAUGGAACGAUUGGAUAUCGAGGAUCGCAACGGCGAUGGCCAAAGCUCCAGCUCCGGAGGUAAGAUCGUGGUGAGCAACUUACCAGCCCACGCAAGGUUCGAGGACAUCGAACCACUCCUAACGACGUACGGGCAGGUCCAAAACGUGGAAAAACUUUCCUCGCGAGAUCCAAACACCCAAACAGUCCUGGUCAGCUAUGAGACGCAAGAACAAGCACAACAGGCUGUAAAUCAGUUGAAUGGGUACGAGUACGAGGGCAACCCGCUAAAGGUGGAGAUGUCGAGCCCGGAGAAUCGGCGGAGAGGACGCAGCCAACGCGGGGGAGUCGCGUUUUCGGGGUUGCCUGGGUCCGGACGGCAGACCGACUUUCCUCUACGUAUUCUGGUUCAGUCGGACAUGGUAGGUGCCAUUAUCGGUCGACAGGGUUCCACCAUACGUCAGAUAACUCAGAUGACUCGCGCUCGCGUCGACGUGCACAGGAAAGACAACGUUGGCUCCCUCGAGAAGGCCAUCACCAUAUACGGAAACCCUGAAAAUUGCACCAAUGCUUGCAAAAAAAUUCUCGAGGUCAUGCAGCAGGAAGCCAACAACACUAACAAGGGUGAGAUAACCCUGAAGAUUCUUGCGCACAACAAUCUUAUCGGACGCAUUAUUGGGAAAGGGGGUAACACCAUAAAACGGAUCAUGCAGGAUACCGACUCAAAGAUAACCGUGAGCAGCAUCAACGAUAUCAACAGCUUUAAUCUGGAACGCAUCAUCACCGUCAAGGGUUCGAUUGAGAAUAUGAGCAAGGCUGAGUCCAUGAUAUCCAGCAAGCUCCGUCAAAGUUACGAGAAUGAUCUUCAAGCUAUGGCUCCCCAAAGCAUGAUGUUCCCCGGACUCCAUCCGAUGGCGAUGAUGUCGACCGCGGGUAUGGGGUACAGUUCGCGUGGUCCGGGUCUCUACGGCUCCGGACCAGCGCCGUAUCCAUACCAGGGGAGCAUGCCAGCCCAGCAGGGCGGCGUUCCGACCGGUGACACCCAGGAGACGACCUUCUUGUACAUUCCCAACAACAGCGUUGGCGCUAUCAUCGGAACAAAGGGUUCCCACAUAAGGAACAUCAUAAGAUUCUCGGGUGCUAGUGUCAAAAUUGCACCGCUUGAACAGGACAAGCCCGCGGAUCAACAGACUGAAAGGAAAGUAACAAUCGUUGGGUCGCCAGAGUCACAGUGGAAGGCUCAGUAUUUAAUCUUUGAGAAGAUGAGGGAAGAGGGUUUCGUGGCCGGUACGGAGGAUGUCAGGCUUACCAUCGAGAUCCUUGUACCGAGUGCUCAAGUUGGUCGAAUCAUUGGAAAGGGUGGUCAAAACGUCAGGGAGUUGCAACGUGUCACCGGAAGUGUCAUCAAACUCUCGGAACAGCAGGCCACGCCACCACAGGCCGACGAGGAAACGACGGUUCACAUCAUCGGACCAUUCUUCUCUGUUCAGUCGGCACAGCGGAGAAUUCGCGCCAUGGUACUACAGUCCGGAGCACCAGGUACGGGAACGCUAGGAAUCGGCCCCACAGGUGGACCGCGGGCUGGUCGUGGCGGUAGCCAGGACGGUGGUUCACGUUCUCGGCGUGAUGGUAGCGCGACGUCACAGGGUGGGUCGUCGCAGCAGCGAUCGUCCUCCCCUACCAGCCAGCAGCAACAGCAACCGACGCAGCAACCGCAGCAGCAACAGCAACAACAACAACAACAACAACAACAACAGCAGCAGCAACAGCAACAACAGCAGCAACAACAGCAACAGCAACCACCACAGAAUCAGUAACGUUGAAGUAAAUCACCCGAUGCCAAUCAAAUGCCUCAAUUUAUGUAUCCAACAUUCUUCCCGCACGGGGUGAUCUUUACCAUUUUGAAAUCCCGACAAGCAUACGCGGAUAAACGCUUAAUGUCCGUACAAUCAACACGGACGCUUCGUAACUAUAUCCUAACAAUAAGAAUGGUUGGACUCGUAUCUUGGAAGAUUUCAAAAAAUCCGCGAAAUUACAAACUCAGUUCUCUAUGUAUAUUACGUAAUAUAUAGAAAGGUGACAUGCAUAUAACGAGUAUAACGUGACACGUGUCUGUCCUCACUAUUCUAUCUCCGUUUUUUCCACGUCUACCUUUCUGUCUUAAAUUACCACCUACCUUUAUACUCAUCCCGUCCCGACCCCGACCUUGAAACCUACCCUUUCUGCCAACCACUCUCCGUCGCUUUCUGCCGCACUAGCGGGCUGAUGAAGGUGAAGAGACACGGAGGAAAAAAUUUCAAACUGGUAACGCAUUCACCCCGUUGAGGAUUAUUAUGACUAUGAUGAUGGAUGAUAAUGGAUGGAUGAUGAUGAAAAAGAUGAUGCUUAUGAUGAUGAUGAUCAUGAUGAUGCUUAUGAUGAAAUACACACAACCUUAUUACCUCA